UUAAAAUCUAAGAGUUCUGUAGAUGUUUACAUUGGAAGUGUCUCAUGUUCAGUACUUCAUCACGAUCAAAAUGAAAUAACUUGUAUUACUGGUCCAUCUCAUGUUACGGAAAGUAAAAUUGCUAUAAAAUUUGAUGACAAUUUGCGCACAUUCGACUUCAUUUACAAGUAUUUUGACACUGAUCUUGAUGAUAACCAUCACAAUCUUACACUGCAAGGCAUUCCUGCCGGAGGACUCAAAAUUUCUAUGCACAAUAAUUUGGAGUUGAUCAAGACAUCGAUUAAAAAAUUGUUUUUUCAAGUAAACAGCAACAGUCAAACUUACAAUGGUACAGAAUGUGAAGUAGAAAAUUCAACUUUGUUUACCUGUUUAUCGCCUCCUAUUCCAGAAACUGACAGCCAUUCGAUAGAUGCGGAAAAUCCUCAAGUAUUCAACUACAGACUUAUGGCAUCACUCAACGGUAUGAAUGCUGGAAAGCCUUUAUUAAUCAAGUCGUCCAAGUUUUUUUUGUACCCAAACCCAGUUUUUGAGCAUUAUUCCGUCACCGAAGUUGAUGAAUACAUUCGUUUUGUUAUUAAAGGACGAAAUAUCGAUAAUGUUUGCCAAAUGGAUGAUUUCGUAGUGAAGGUGGGAGAUGAAAAUUGCACAGUAUUUAUAGUAUCUCGAAGUAACCUGACUUGUCAGGUGCAAAAAUCUGCACUGAAGUACAAUUAUUCGAAAAAUGCCACCGAACUAGAUUUUUUAAUCGCCUAUGGAAAUGUUACUGUGCAAAUUGGGAACAAUUCAGAGCUGGUUGUACCCCAUAUUAACGCAGUUCCCACUGCCAGUACUGGAAAGGGGUCCGAUUGGAUAAUCUAUGGUGUAUGCUUCGGUGCUCUCAUUUUUAUUGUAAUCGUCUUCAUAUUGAUAAAACUACUGAUCGCAUAUCGAAAAAAGUCCUCUGAAAGCUUGAAAAAUUCGAGAGAAAUGCAGCAACAAAUUAACAAGAUGGGCAUGGACCAGAUAGCGAUGAGACAAUGUAUAAAGAAGAUAGUUGUGGAGAAAAAAAUCAACGUGGAAGGAAGUUUAGGAAACAUAUUGAAAUUGCCGAAUAUUACGAUUGAGUGCACGCCUGUUCCUGAAACUGAUGUAGAAACUUCACCAGAGAUGGAAUUUUCUCUACCAUUAGAUACCAAAUGGGAAUUUCCAAGGGAAAAAUUGGUUUUGGGAAAAUUUCUAGGUGAAGGAGAAUUCGGAAGAGUUGUUCAAAGUGAAGCAUCGGACAUCAUAGAUGAGAAUAUAACCACGACUGUGGCUGUUAAAAUGUUGAAAGUAAAACAUUCGGAUGAAGAUAUGAUUGAUUUAGUAUCAGAGAUGGAAAUCAUGAAACUGAUUGGAAUGCACCCCAAUGUUUUACGUUUACUCGGAUGCUGCACUCAAAAUGGCCCUUUGCUGAUCAUCACUGAAUAUGCAGUUCAUGGGAACCUACAUAGCUUUCUUCACAAACAUGUUGCUUCUGAAAAUUUUGAAACAGCACCAAGCAAGCUAUCUCAAAGGACUUUGGUUACAUUUGGUCUACAAGUUGCACGGGGGAUGGAAUACUUGUCUUCUAUGAAAUGUGUGCAUCGAGAUCUUGCGGCGAGAAAUAUUUUAGUAUCGGAUAACCAGAUUUUGAAAAUAGCUGACUUCGGUUUAGUCAGAGAUAUUGAAAACAAAGUUUACUGCAGAAAAAAAUCAUGUGGCAGACUACCAGUAAAAUGGAUGGCACCAGAGGCAUUGCUUCAUAAGCUAUAUACAGUUCAAUCCGAUGUGUGGUCUUAUGGCAUAUUGCUAUGGGAGAUUAUGACUUUGGGUGGCUCUCCUUACCCCACAUUCACUAACAUGAAGAAAUUGUUGCAAGAUUUACAUUCUGGAUAUCGCAUGGAGAAGCCUCCAGAUUGCUCUACGGAAAUGUACAGCAUUAUGCAUCAAUGUUGGAAUUACUCGCCUGAAGAUAGACCAUCAUUUUCAGUGAUUGUUGAAAAUUUGGAGGAAAUAUUGCUGCAGAGUAGCGGCGAUGAUGAAAUUUUGGAGGAACCUGAUUUAUACGAGUCAAGUAGUAUUGACCAUGAGUGCAGCGAUGAUAAUGAAGCUUUGGAAGGUGACCAUUUAUUAUCUAUUACACCACAAUAAUUAUUAUUCUUAAAGUUGUUGGCGGAAAAAGUUACAAUAAAUAUUUACCUACAUGUUGUGA